AUGAGCGCCGACGACACAAAUCAGGUAGACGCACUGAAGACGGAGACCGAGCCCUUCGUGGCAUCCAAGCUUGGAAGCAAGGAUCACUGGGAUAAUGUUUACGGACGCGAAAUAAACAACUUUAAUGACAACGGUGAUAUUGGUGAGGUGUGGUUCGGCGAAGCCGCAGCGACAAAAAUGGUGAGCUGGGUGUGCGCCAACAUUGAGGACGAAGAUGCGCGAAUUCUUGAUGUUGGCUGCGGCAACGGCCAUCUUUUGCUAGAGCUAGCCGAAGAAAAUUACACUAACCUUGUGGGCACCGACUACUCUGCACAAGCCGUGGAGCUCGCGCGGAGUAUAGCACUCAGCCGCGAGGCCAGCAUAACAUACAUGGAACAGAAUUUUCUUGACCUGCAGGAAGUUGCGCGUGUAGCCGGGGACGAAAAGUUUGACGUGGUUCUGGACAAGGGCACUUAUGAUGCUAUUUGUCUAAAGCCAAAGGACUCUGAUGAUGUGUGUGUCGACCAGAGCGCUAUUAACGUAUAUCCGAUGUCGGUAGUCGGCAGCCUCAAGGACACUGGCGUCUUUCUGAUCACCUCUUGCAAUUGGACCGAGGAUGAGCUGGUAUCGCGAUUUGAGCCAUACCUGGAAUGCAUCGGCCGCGUCAAAAACAAGUCGUUCCAGUUUGGCGGGGUUGUCGGACAAACCGUUGCCACUGUGGCGUUCAAGAAGCGCGCCUAA